UUUGCCUCUUAUCUCGCUAGUGCUCACGAGCUUCAUUAAUUAUCUUCACGCUUUCUUGAUCUCAUUGAUAUUUAUUUGAAUAUUGCUAGAGGAAUUUUCUGUUCAUGCAGAUGGAUUCAGAUAGUGAUCUUAAAUUUCAUGAUGACUCAGUUUCAGAUGAAGAUAUCGUCCUUCACCUUGACUCUGUGUCAGAUGAUGAUACGGACUUUCAUGAUGAUUUAGUUUCCAAUGAUGAUGAUGGUAACUUUGAUGCUCACUAUGAUGAUGACGGUGAUGAUGAUAAUGCUAACUUCUAUGAUAACUCAGUUUCGGAUGAGGGUCAAGAGAAACAAAGCUACCGGAUCUUGAAUGCAAGUGAUAUUCGAAGAAUUCAAGAAAAAGAUAUAGCAAGUGUAUGUUCUUUACUUUCGGUGACUGCACCUUCUGCACGCGUACUUUUGUACCAUUACGAGUGGAACUUAGAGUCUUUAAUGGAGCAAUGGUUUGCUGAUGAAGAACGGGUCAGAAAAGAAGUUGGGUUGGUACAAAAAGGCUUAAACACUUCCAUUGGUAGUACUUUUGUAAGGUUUACUUGUGAAAUUUGCUUUGAUGAGUUUUGUGCUGGUGAUCAGAUAAUGAACCGUUUCUGUGACCAUAAAUAUUGCAAGACGUGUUUGGUUAGUUACAUUAGCACUGCGAUUGAUGAUGGACCGGGAUGCUUGUCGUUGAGGUGUCCGGAUCCCUCGUGCAAUGCUGCAAUUGGGGUGGAUGUGGUUAAUUUAUUAGUUUAUCGUCAAUAUAUGAAAAAGUACAAUGAAUUUUUUGUUAGGUCUUACGUCGAAGGUAAUAGUAAUGUCAAAUGGUGUCCUGCCCCGGAUUGUGAUGCUGCUAUUCAGUAUAAUGGUGAUGGUGAAAGCGGAAGCUAUGAAGUUGUUUGUGAUUGUUCGUGUAAGUUUUGUUGGCGGUGUACAGAGGAUGGUCAUCGGCCAGUUGACUGUGAUACGGUUGCUAGAUGGAUCAAGAAAAAUAAGUGUGAGGAAUCAAAUGUGGAAUGGAUACUUGCUUAUACGAAGCCUUGUCCUAAAUGCAAACGACCGAUCCAGAAGAACGACGGUUGUAUGCACAUGACAUGUAAUAGUAUGUGUAAGCAUCAGUUUUGUUGGACAUGUCUACACCCCUGGUCAGAUUCCCAUAAUUGCAAUGCUUACGAAGCAGAGCUGAACGGUGAAACUAUAAAAGAGGCCAAGCGGAGAAAGGAGGCCAGAGCAUUGGUGGAGAGAUAUACUCAUUAUUACGAAAGGUGGGAUGCAAAUCAAAGGUCACGAAUGAAAGCACAAUCUGAUUUAGAGAUGAUGCAAAGGAAGAAUACUCAUGUUCUUUGUGAAAGGUUUGCAGUAACCGAGCUCCAGUUUACAUGUGUUAUAGAAGCCUGGCAACAGAUAAUUGAAUGUAGGCGCGCGUUGAAAUGGAGCUAUGCAUACGGGUAGGGGUGAUCAGAAAACCGCCCAAACCGCAUAAACCGCCCGCACCGCACCAAACCGCACCACAAAAUGCGGUUUUUAAUUUUCGUGG